AUGAGUCAAAAUCGUCGCACCAGAUCCUCUCCCUUAUCCAAGCUCAAUUCCCUUUUCAACGAUCUUUAUUCAAAACAUGCAAAACAUAUCAUCCAUAAUGUAUUAAAAGCCUCCGAUAUGGAACAGUUCAAAAGCCUUGAACGAAAGUUAGAAAACAGCACCUACACCAAAAGGAAAGAGUUUCUGAAAGAUUUGGAAAAGGCAUUGGAAAGCGUACCUAUCCAUCAUCUAACAACGAUAACGAUUAUCAACUCGAGGAAGAAAACAUGUAAACUGAAUGAAAGUUUUAAUGGAGAUGAAGUGAUUGGGAAAAUUAAUGACGAUUUACAAAUGAUGGAAAGUCAUGUGAGGUUAUUGGAAGAGAGCAUUAGUCCUAAAGAGUCGUCGCAAGAUACAAUCGAUCGAUUCGAAUCAAUGAGCGAGUGUUCUCAAAUUGCUAAUAGUCAGAAUGAAGAUGAUCCCAACAGAACUCCUAACAAAAAUCAUGCCACAGAAAGUAACAAGAGGAAAAAGAAGAGUAAAAAGCAGAAAAACAAAACAAGAAGAAAGAAAAAGAAAACAGAAUCAAGUGAUCCAGUUCCACCCAAUUUAGAGGAAGAUAGAAAUGAUGUCAUCCCUGUGGUCGAUGACAUGCAUUCGGAACAGGAAACUUAUCCUCAAGAGAAGGAAAAUGUCGAAUCUAAGGAAGAACCAUCAACCUGUUCAUCUUCAACAACAAGAAGAAGAAUCGGUUUUUCACCUACUGUUGUCUUUUAUGAAGAUCUUGUGGAAUGUCCUUUGUGUCAAAGAAAAUUCACCAAGUACCAAAUCAAGAUUCAUAUGGAGAAGAUGCAUUAUGAUAAAGAUAAAACUCUUCAGAAAAGGAAAGCCAAACUUACUAAAUCCAUUAUUGAGCAAGUGAAAGCAUCAGAGAUGAGAAAGAAGCUACAAGGUAUUUUGUACAAGUAG